CUGAAACUGCUGAAGACGCCACCAUCUUCGUCCCUGUUCUUCUUCCUGCCACCAUCUUCUUCCCUGUUCUUCUGCCUCUCGUCGCCCAGCUCCCAAGCCUACGUCGUCAAGAACGGCAGGGCGCGUGUGUGUAGCAGUAGCCUACGGGCUCGGAAAACCACCAUGAGCUUGAUCAGCAUGAUGGAGGCGCGGCUGCCGCCGGGGUUCCGGUUCCACCCCAGGGACGACGAGCUCGUGCUGGACUACCUCUGCCGCAAGCUCUCCGGCAAAGGCGGCGGUGGCGGCGGCGCCUCGUACGGUGGCAUCGCCAUGGUCGACGUCGACCUCAACAAGUGCGAGCCGUGGGAUCUUCCAGGCGAGGCGUGCGUGGGCGGGCGCGAGUGGUACUUCUUCAGCCUGCACGACCGCAAGUACGCGACGGGGCAGCGGACCAACCGCGCCACGCGCUCCGGCUACUGGAAGGCCACGGGCAAGGACCGCCCCAUCUCCAUCUCCGGCCGCCGCCGCGGCGGAGGCGGCAACGGCGCCGGCGCGCUGGUCGGGAUGCGCAAGACGCUGGUGUUCUACCAGGGCAGGGCCCCCCGCGGGACCAAGACCGAGUGGGUCAUGCACGAGUUCCGCGUGGACGGCCCGGCCGUUGCCGACCGCCCCGGCUCACCUCUCCAGGAGGAUUGGGUCCUGUGCAGGGUGUUCUACAAGAGCCGAACUACCACCACAAGACCGGCGGCAGGCCCCGACGAGGCCGGGCCACUGUCCAGCGAGCUGAUCGGCCUGCCGAUGCCGCAGAUGGCCCCUGCCGGCGACGCCUACCUGUCCUUCGACAACACACCGGCGGCGGACGGUGGCUACUACUACCACCACCAAGACGCCGACCUCGCGGACGCGCACCACCACCUGCCGCUGCCGGCGAGUAGCCUGUCGAGCUUCCGGGACCUGCUGAGCAGCAUGGUGGAAGGCAGCGACGCCGCCGUCCGGGGCACGACGGAGCUCCACCUGCAGGGCUGGACGGAGGCGGCCUACGCGCAGCAGCAGGGCGGCGUGAUGUCGUCGCACUCGCAGCAGACGUGGAACCCGUUCCUGAGCUCUGGAUGACGGCACACAGCUGAGCUGGGCUAACGUGUGCUGUGUGCAUGGCAGGCUUCGCGUCUGUAGUGACUAGUGAAUAGUGAGCAGUUUGCUUUGUCUUCUUUGGUUUCUGUAACUUUUGAUCUGCUUACUGCAUAUGAUCUCUGCCGUUUGUUAGCCGUAGGGUAGAAACCCACACACAACGGAUAGGUGGAAUGUCUUGGUGACUAUUAGCGCAGUAACUUUUGUACAAAGGAUUGUUGCAGAAAAUUGCUCCUUGUUUUUCCACCUAUAUAUACUACACAAUCUAUCCCUAAUUAUAAGACAUUUGACUUUUUUCA